UGAAAGAGGGGCCCACACCAAGGGGAGGAUGUGUCGCACAUUGCAAAGCUCGGUUGCUGAGCUGCGUAUAUUAAUUUAGUAAAGCAGGUGCAGGGUGUGAAAAAGAAGAGAACCACCGAACCCCCAAAUAAUACAAAUACAAAUACAAAUACAAAUAGGGGAGAGGGAGGAGAUGCAAAUUCAAAGCUCAUUUGUGAGUGCAAAGGCGGCUUCAGUGUGUGUGUGUUCUCCGAUCAUCAGAGUGAAAUCCCUCUACUACACUCAGAAGAUCACCCACGACGAUCCUUCCUCUGCCGGUUCUAUGGCAGCUCCUCCUCCACCUGCCCCAAAAUGGUCUCAGAGGACUAUUACUCUCCCUCCUCAGAGGCGAGGUUGUCAUCUCAUCACUCCCAAGGUUUUGAAGGAAAUUGGGCAAGACUUGUCAGGAUUCAAAUGUGGCCUUGCACAUCUUUUUUUGCAACAUACAAGUGCUUCUUUGACUAUAAAUGAAAAUUAUGACUCUGAUGUUCGAGAUGAUACCGAGACAUUUCUUAACAGCAUAGUUCCAGAGGGGAUGUCUGCACCAUGGAAGCAUACACUGGAAGGUCCAGAUGACAUGCCAGCACACAUCAAAUCAUCAAUGUUUGGCUGCACACUCACGAUUCCAAUUACGAAUGGCCAGCUUAACAUGGGAACUUGGCAGGGCAUAUGGCUGUGCGAGCACCGAGACGAAGCUACUCCACGCAAAGUUGUGGUCACUCUUAAUGGAAUUUAAGGUGCUAAAGUUGAGGGAUUUGACUUUUAAAUCUGAAGUCUUAUAUUUUUGUAAAACAUAAAAAUUCUAUUUAGGUGGUUUAUGAUUAACAAAUAAUGUUAAUGGACACUUGUUUUGUUUGUGAUUCUUCCAUUCUCUCCGUGACCAGUUGAGAGGGAAGUAAGAGUUCCGUGAGAGUAGAUAUAUGGGAAAUAUGUUAAGGUAGAAGUAAUAUGUUGUUUUAUAAGUAACAAUUUCAAAUUACACUCUGGCUCAUGAUAGUGUCACUAAUCACAUUUUCACAA